UCAGUUACAUUCAAUUACUGUGAGAAUUCUACGAAUUUAUUUAAAUUAUAAUGUACAGAAUCACUCUGUUUUAUUUCAUUUAUUUUAUCGGGCAUUCAUUAGCUCAGCAUCCUUUACCGGAAAGUGGAGAUUGUAAAGAUACUUGUAAAUCGGACUUAAUAGUAACACCACAAGAAAUGACAGGCAUUUGGCACUUCACUAAAGGAACAAAUAUUUUUGGCAGUUCAAAAUGUCUUCGUUUAAACAUUACAAAUGUUGAUGACAGCACAAACAACCUUGAAAAGUCGGAAAUAAUGUUAAGCACUGGAAGAACAGCUGUAACAACUGGAACGAUGCACUACUUUGUGGACAUUCGUAUGCGUUUUGAAAUGUUCUCAGUGUCACCUGAUGCUUUUGCUAUGGUUCUCUGCCUUGAAUGUGGAUUCUACACGAAAAAUGGAGCAGGAAUUUAUCUUGAAAUAUUCACGAGAUUGCCAUAUCCAACAUGUGAGAGACUUAGUGAGUUGUAUUCAACGAUGAGUUCAUGUGGAGUUGCAGAGGAUGAACUGACAUUAAUGGACCAAUCAACAUGUGAUCAAUCUUGCAAUUAGAAGCUCUGAAGUUAAUACUUCUUACGAGUUUUAUGUUUACUUAUUU